UAAUCCAUAGAAGAAAUACAAAUUUUCUUCUGUAAAAACCUAAUAGCCUAUUAGCACUUGACACAGUUAUAGAUGCGUGGAUUGAAGAGUGUGAUUUUCAGCUAAAAUGCGGAACGACAUCUGAAUCCUAAAAUUACCCGAAUCGCUACAUGAAAGUCGUAUGUGAUGGGUAUCGGUGUCAUUUUAUUCAAUAUUGCCUCAUUGCUGGUCAUUAUAUCCACUUCUAGUGAAGUGUACUCUCCGUCCGUUGUUGAAGGGAGUCUUGGAGACUCUGUCACUCUCCCCUGUGAUGGCUCUGCAUACAGUGGACUCCCUGAUGUUCAGCUGGACUUCUUGUGGCAGACGUUUGACUGGAAGAAAGUGGCUCACUACUCCCAGGGUGAUUAUAUCGUGGGCUCUGACUUCAGUAACAGAGUUAAGUUCGACACAGAGAAGAUUCGGCGUGGAGACUUCUCCAUCACCAUCAACUCUGUUGAGUCCAGCGAUCAGGACACAUACGUGUGCGUGUGGAGGAAGGGUCGAAAUGACCAGAAAUUCCUCAGUGAUGUCGUACUGCACGUUUUGAAGCCCCACCCAAAGUCUUUCUCUGUUGCUGUUAACGACUCGGUGACUUUGCCCUGCUAUGGUGGUGUUAACAAAUAUGAGCCAGACAAACUCUUUGUUCAGUGGGAAAGAGGAGGUGACCUGGUGCUGAAGAUCAGCUCAGAGGGGCUCACCUAUGGCCCAAAGUAUGAGGGAAGGGCCUCUGUGCACUUCAAAAGGAUCCGAAAAGGCGACUUCUCUUUGUCCUUGAGCGUUACGGGUCUGUGUGACUCAGGAGUUUAUCAGUGCUCCACCGACCAGAAGCACAAUGUAACUUCAGUCCUUCUGGAACUUAAAGAUUAUGGGCACUUCCAAUCAGUCAAUCUCAGACUUGGGAAGCCUUUUUCUCUCAGUUUACCUGAAGAACCAAUGAAUGUGAUCUUCUCUAAGGGUGGAACAUUCCCUGAAGUGUCACUGUGUUCCACGGACACAGAGCUUAGAUGUGAACCAAAGUACAAGAACAGGAUGGAAUGGAAGAGCAACACUCUCACAGUGCUGAAUGUGACAUCAGACGAUGUGGGAACUUACUCAGUGAUCUUCUCAGAGAACUGUGUGAUCAGCCGUGCAUACAGUCUCAAUGUAAUACAUUCUAAUACUGCUACUACAAGUAAUCGCAAAUAUUUUGUCUUCCCAAUUUUGCUUGUGAUUGCAGUACUAUGUAUAGUGUACAUAGCAUGGAGAGUAUGGAGGUAUGAACCGAUUUGUUUUUGCCGUUUCCCCACAAAAAUCAACCAGAAUGAAAACGCACUGAGGACUGCUCCCCACAGACCCCCUUUAGACAAUAUCAGAAGCUGAUGAUCGCGCAGGCCAGUAACAGGCUUGUAACAGGUCUCCCUUCAAUUGGUGUGAGACCACCCAUUGCAUGAAGGGAAAUGCAGUCCACACAGAGGGCACUCGGGGAUGUAAGAUAAAAGAGUUAAACAACAUACUUUAGCUGACACUUUUAUCCAAAGUGACUUACAGUUUAUUAGACUAAGCAGGAGACAAACCUUGCUUAAGGGCCCAACAGCUGUGCUGAUUUUAUCAUGGCCACACCGGGGCUUUGAACCACCAGCCUUCUGGGUCCCAGUCAAGUAACUUAACCUGCAGGCUCCAGUUCCUGAGACCACCACCAUGCAAGCACAUGCCCAUUCACCCAAAGCCUGAGGAAGAACAGUUUGCCUGCCUGUAUCACACGCCUCCUCUUCCCAGGGGGAAUCCCUUUUUACAGCUGUACUGGAUGAUCACGCUGGAUUUGAGGUGCAGCUAUAAUCACUGACGCAUGUGUAUGAUGAAACCCAGUGAACAAAAACCAGACAUCUAGACAACUACGUUUUUGACAUGAACGGACUAUAGUUUUACCCCAGUAAAGAACAGGUUUUACCUAGAUAUAGCCUGCUAUAUCCUAGUAGGCUAGAAAACUUUGACUUUUGUCUAGACUGAGUUUCACCAAGUAUUCACUACAAAAUAAAUAAAAUGCACUCGGAAGAUCCCCUGCUGCGCUGGGUGGAGUGGUCUACACAGAUCAAAACUGAACUUUUAUGUUGAAAAGGACAUCAUGCCUACUGUACAGUGAAAUAUGGAGUGCAGACUUCCUGGUUAAUUUGUUUUGU